AUGAACACACUCGUUACGGGCGCCGCUUUCGGCGCGGCCCUUACGGUCUCGGGCGUCUACCAGCCCUCCGUCAUCGUUUCUCAACUCAAGUUUGAGAACUGGCACAUGAUCCAAGCUUUCCUCACUGCGGCCGCCAGCUCUGCCGCCCUAGUCCACCUCCUCCAAACCCUCUCCCCCACCACCUUCCCCCUCCCCCCACGCUCCUACUCCUCCAUCUCCCUCUUCUCCCGCUACGACGGCAACCUCCUCGGCGGCAUCCUUCUCGGCACCGGCAUGAUGCUCUCGGGCGCCUGCCCCGGCACCGUCCUCGCCCAAAUCGGCACCGGCGUCCGUUCGGGUUUCUACGCUCUCGAAGGCGGCAUCAUCGGCGGCAUUGUCUUUACCGGCUUUGCCGAAGCCGCAGCCAAGGCAAGUGGAAACGGAGAGGAAAGCAAGGAGCUGACCAAGACUGUCUAUGAGAAUCUGGGUGUAUCGAGGUCGAGUGUUUUGGUGGCGUUUGAGGCAAUUUGCGCGAGCGUGGUGGUUUCUACUGCGUUGUGGACGAGCGUGGGGCCCGAGGCCAAGAUCUCGCCUGUUGUGGGUGGAUUGUGCAUUGCUGGUGCGCAACUGCUGAGUUUGUUGCUCAGGAAGAACUUGGUGGGCACUUCGACAAGUUUUGAGGAGGUGGGCGACUGGUUCUGGGGUAUCUUCAAGGGCAAGACGCUGCCGCAGAGGUAUAACAACUUGUUGUUUGUCAGCGGCUGCGUGUUGGGUGCUAAGCUGUUGACGGUUGCGUACCCUGCUCUGGGCCAGGUCACCGAGGUCGCGGUGUCGCCUGUUGCCGCGGGAUUGGGUGGUUUCCUGAUGAUCAUCGGUUCGAGGAUGGCGGGCGGUUGCACCUCUGGUCACGGUAUCAGCGGCAUUUCGCUCCUGUCCACGUCAAGCUUCUUGACUAUUGGAGCGGCGUUUGGUGCUGGUGCGCUGCUUGGUUUGAUGAGGGGCUGA